AUGUCCGGGCGCGGGAAGCAGGGCGGGAAGGCGCGGGCCAAGGCUAAGUCGCGCUCGUCGCGGGCCGGGCUGCAGUUCCCCAUCCUGGAGCUGGCGGGCAACGCGGCCCGCGACAACAAGAAGACGCGCAUCAUCCCCCGCCACCUGCAGCUCGCCAUCCGCAACGACGAGGAGCUCAACAAGCUGCUGGGCAAGGUGACGAUCGCGCAGGGCGGCGUGCUGCCCAACAUCCAGGCCGUGCUGCUGCCCAAGAAGACCGACAGCCACAAGGCCAAAGCCAAGUAAACAAAAAGGAAAAGCGGCACGUUGUCUCUUCCGGAGAAAAUAAUCCAAAGGCUCUUUUCAGAGCCACCCACAAAAUCAUAAGAGAGCUCAGUUAUCCGUACCACAGUUAUGCCAAAUUAUAUUAA